AUGCAGGAGCCCAGGCUGGGUCCCUGUCUCUGUGUCUCUCCUCCCCUGAGCCUUGACCCCCUGUGUCAUCUCCCUUCUGUUACCGCUGGGAGCUUCCUUGCACCUCAUUUGUCCCAAGCUGUGUCGACAGCUUCUUUGGGGUUUCACCCACCCUGCUCCCAGGAAGGGCAGGGAAGCAGAGAAUGAGAUGACAUAGGGAACUUAACCCGGGCCCCUCCCCCCAGGAGUCCCUGUGCCAGUCCCACCACAUCCUGGAAGAGGAGGGGGCCCCAGGAAGGGGCCUCCCCUACAUCGCUGCUGUCGUCCACGCACUGCUGGAAAGGCCAUAGGGUUUAG